UUCAAAAACCAUCGGCACCGCACGGCACGGCACGCCGGCGAGCGACACCACCACGCCGGGACGGGGACGGGACGGGAGGCGCAGGUGCGGUCGGCGUCAACUGUCGCGGCACGCCCGGCAGGCAGGCAGGCAGGCAGGGAGGGAUGAAGAAGUGCGCGUCGGAGCUGGAGCUGGAGGCGUUCAUCAGGGAGAGCGGCGACGACGACGCCCGCGCCGCCGCCGCCGGGCGUAGCAAUCACGGGUGCGGCGGACCAGGCGAGCCCGGAGGGAGCGCCGUGGUGUUCUCGCCCGGCGUCGGUUUCGCCGAAUCGAACACCAUGGAUGACAGCAGUUGGUGGUAUGGGAGCGUCCGCACGCCGAACCCAGUCAUGUCGCGGACAGCGUCCAUCUCCGGCUCAUGGCAAGGAUUGCUCACCUGUCGCGUUGUCCUGGUCACAGCCAGCCUCGAGGCAACCACCUCAGCGAAUCAUGCUCUUGAAAGCGAGUCAGACUCCGACAGCGAAUCACUCUACGAGGUAGAGGGAGUUCCAUAUGAGCGAGGCAACAAAUCUGUAGAAACAAAGCGAAUAAGAAGGAUGGUGUCCAACAGGGAGUCUGCGCGACGGUCUAGGCGGAGAAAGCAGGCACAAUUGUCAGAACUUGAGUCACAGGUUGAACGACUUAAAGGUGAAAAUGCAACUCUGUUCCAGCGACUUUCAGAAGCCAACCAGCAGUUCAGUACUGCAGUCACAGACAACAGAAUCCUCAAGUCCGAUGUAGAAGCAUUAAGAGUCAAGGUAAAGAUGGCAGAGGAUAUGGUAGCGAGAAGUGCUAUAUCCUGUGGCCUAGGCGAUCUUGGCCUGGCACCAUAUCUGAACUCAAGAAAGAUGUGCCAAGCUUUGAAUAUGCUCACAACCACAGGUUUGGAUUUACUUGGGAGUGAUGCGUUCAGAGGUCCAACCACAGCUCCACAAGUACAAAACUCACCAGUACAAAGCACUGCAAGCCUAGAGAAUCUGGAUAAUCGAAAGUCCAACGAGGUGACCAGUUGCGCGGCAGACAUUUGGCCUUGAGCUUCAAGCCAUUGAUCAGGUUCAAAGCUUGCUUCACCCAAAAAACAACAACAGUAGUUCAUCAACUCAAAUAACUGGUGGCUUGAGCAGAGCUUCUGGCACAAAUUCCCUUGAACCAUAUUUCCAUAGAAGCUUUAUAGGAUGCAUCACUCUUUUGAUGUAACUAUGUGUGUAGUACGUCUCCAGUGGGAAAGUACCAUUUACUGGCAGCUGCCUUGGCAGAUAGGGUAAUGUCAAACAAGGCACCUGUAUAGUUUCAAGUAGAAAAUGAACUGUCUUUGUACAGUACAAAGCUGCAAAUGCAAACUUUAGAAGUAAAAUCAAUCGUCCUGAAUAAAUGUGUGAAGAAGGAAUGAUACUUAGGUCCCUUUCCAGGUCAGGUGAGACAGUUAUGUUUACAACAAAGGGCGAUACAUUUUGUUUCAAAACCAUUAUUAAUACAUAGGAAUGUUCAAUCCAGUACAAGUCAUGUAGUAGGUUUGCAGCACUACCUCUAGUAGAUUGAAGCAUGUAUUCACUACUUUUUGCUGGGACUACAACUGUACAUGUACAUCAUGAUGGUAAAAUGCAUAACUAGUGAGAUUCUUCUGUGA